CCCCCCCCCACACACACACACGUCUUUCUCUGUACAUACAUUCUUGCGCAGAUCCAUCCCGUGUACCGUGUAGUUCUGUUCGUCGCAAGAACCCGAUUGCUCAACUGGUGUCCAAAUGGAUCCCAUUAGCAUAGAGAAGAUCAGGGCCAUGAACAAGUUUAGCAAGAACAGGAGGCAGCAGAAGCUUCGUACUCUUUCAAUCUAUGUGGUGGGCACCUCUGUCAUCUGCCUGCUGCUCACGAGUCCUGCUUGGUUCCCUAGCCUGUGCUCACUCCUCAGCUUCUUCUUCCUCACCACCCUCCCUGACUUGGUCACAGCCUUCCUGCUCAGCCCCAAGUGCCUCUUCGUCGUCGGCAACCUCAUCGUCGCAUUCCUGGUUGGCGAGUCUAGGCUGGCACCUAGGAGGGACGACGAUCAGCCUUCCUUGGCGAAUGAGAUACAUGAGGAGCAUGUGAAGAGGAACAUGGCAAUGGUAGCAAAGGCAGCAACCGAAGUGGUUAUGGUGGCUGACCACAGCGCUUCUGUAGGAGUGGUGGGGCUGGGGGAGGAAGUGGAGGUGAAGGAAGAGGAAGGGGAAGGGGAGGAGCUGCACAAGAGAGUGGAGGACUUCAUUGCAAGGGUGAAGAAGCAAAGGAAGCUGGAGGCCAAGAGCUUCUUCGAUGUUGAUCGAUAACUAUGUCUGGAAGAUGCAAAUUAAAGCAAGAUUGCAUCCAAAAAGAUCUGUAAGGCUAGCUUUGUGCUGCUAUCCUUGAUCAUGUCUUGUUAUGUUAGUUGUCAAAGGUAAGGAGGAGGUCAGGAGAUCGAUGGACCCAUUCCACUGUAGGAGAGUUACAGUGUCACUGAGGUGUAACCAUGUCAAGUAUUAAGGGAAGGAGAGACAUGGAAUGUGUGUGAUCUUUGAGAAAAGUACAAAAGAAGAAAAGUGAUGCAUUGUGUGUUUCUCUUAUCUUGCGUUGUGUCAAGACUCGAUUGGCAUGCUGCCAUGAUGAUGAUUAUAGCACUUAUGUACUGGGGAAAGAGAUUCUGUACUAUCAACCUGAUGCUUAUAAAGUUGUUGGUUACCCGAUUA